CUUCGAGAUGUUGGGACCGGAGACCUUGCAGGCUGGCUGGGCAUUGAUGCCCCAGAUGUGAAGGGGCCGCCAAGCUGUGGCCACGUCUGACCUUUCCUGAGCAAAUGACACCAGCGAGUCCGCGUCCCAGUUUUUCAUUGCUUAGCUGUCUUUGACAACCAGAACAUCUCUUUUGUGAGAAGAAAGAGAGGAGGGAAGAUGCUCUGUGAUGCUUCCAGUAAUGCUGACCAGUCGUGGUGCUGUCACCUCCUCGGCUGUCUUUGCAAUCUGUUCCCAACUGAGGUUUCUGUUGCAGCGUAACUGACCACUCCAUGGGCCACUGAGGGCUGUCAGGAUGAGCUAUCCUUCCACCCCAGGCUGUCACUGCCAGAAAAUUACCUGAAGAGUUCCAGCCUGAGGCCUCCUCAUGGAUGGGUCAAACGUGACAUCAUUUGUUGUCGAGGAACCCACGAACAUCUCAACCGGCAGGAACGCCUCGGUCAGGAAUGCACAUCGGCAAAUCCCCAUCGUGCACUGGGUCAUUAUGAGCAUCUCCCCAGUGGGGUUUGUUGAGAAUGGGAUUCUCCUCUGGUUCCUGUGCUUCCGGAUGAGAAGAAAUCCCUUCACUGUCUACAUCACCCACCUGUCUAUUGCGGACAUCUCACUGCUCUUCUGUAUUUUCAUCUUGUCUAUCGACUAUGCUUUAGAUUAUGAGCUUUCUUCUGGCCAUUACUACACAAUUGUCACAUUAUCAGUGACUUUUCUGUUUGGCUACAACACGGGCCUCUAUCUGCUGACGGCCAUUAGUGUGGAGAGGUGCCUGUCAGUCCUUUACCCCAUCUGGUACCGAUGCCAUCGCCCCAAGUAUCAGUCGGCGUUGGUCUGUGCCCUUCUGUGGGCUCUUUCUUGCUUGGUGACCACCAUGGAGUAUGUCAUGUGCAUCGACAGAGAAGAAGAGAGUCACUCUCGAAAUGACUGCCGGGCAGUCAUCAUCUUUAUAGCCGUCCUGAGCUUCCUGGUCUUCACGCCCCUCAUGCUGGUGUCCAGCACCAUCUUGGUCAUGAAGAUCCGGAAGAACACGUGGGCUUCCCAUUCCUCCAAGCUUUACAUAGUCAUCAUGGUCACCAUCAUUAUAUUCCUCAUCUUUGCCAUGCCCAUGAGACUCCUUUACCUGCUGUACUAUGAGUAUUGGUCAACCUUUGGGAACCUACACCACAUUUCUCUGCUCUUCUCCACAAUCAACAGUAGCGCCAACCCUUUCAUUUACUUCUUUGUGGGAAGCAGUAAGAAGAAGCGAUUCAAGGAGUCCUUAAAAGUUGUUCUGACCAGGGCUUUCAAAGAUGAAAUGCAACCUCGGCGCCAGGAAGACAAUUGUAAUACGGUCACAGUUGAGACUGUCGUCUAAGAACUGUGAGGGAAGUUGUGGAUAAAAAUGAUGGAACACAGGUCAUUUUUAGUUUGUACUUGGAAUAUAACUUAAGUAUCUCCUAAAUGUGUUACAGAAGGACAUCUCAUCCCAUAUGCAUGAGAUACUAAUUAAUGAUGAAAUUGAACUCUUGUACUGUAUCUUCUGGAAAUAACUUGUCAUUUCUGUACUUGACAAAGACUCUUUCUAUUUCUUUCAGCUCUUUUGGCAGCAUCUUAUCAUGAACCAUAAAAAUGACUCUAGCAAGAAGAUUUACAGAUGUGUACUGGACAAGGUAACAAAAGUAUUUGUUGGAACUUGAGGAGGCAGCUUGAUGUAGCAGGAAGAACAAGGGUCGCUUCCUGUGUGACCUCAGGCAAGUUGUUAAACCUCUCAGAGCCUCAUUUUCUCACUCAUAAAAUGGUCACGGCAAUAGUCUAUACCUCCUUGGUCUGCUGUGAGGAUGAAAUGAGAAGAUGAGGCUUGUAAAGCACCUGGCACAUUGUGGAUGUUCAAUAAACAUCGGUCUCUCCUCACUCCCUUCAAUGGUAGACAAGAUAUAAAUUUUUGUUUUGUAAAGCACACACACAAACAUACACACAGCUCUAUCAUGUACAGAAGUUAUUGUGUGUUUUUACAUGUUGGAUGUAAAUUUACGAAGGUCUUCUUUUUGCUUGCAGCAUGAAAGCAUUUCAUGGCAUUGCACCUCUAUUGAAAAACAUCGCGAAUGUUAUGAUCUAACCAGCCAUGUGCUAGUGCAUCGUUUCAGGUUGUGAAGAAAAUCAUUUGGCCACCAGUAGAGGGGUAUCUCAUGGCUUCCCUAACCUCUGUGGGAAUAAUAGAUGAAGUGAAAGUCUGUGUUUUGAAAUCCUUUGAUUGCAUAAACAUUUUUACGAAUGGAGUUGAAUUUAUGACCUCCUGGGGGUGACUGGGACCCUCCUCCCCCAUGAAGAGGUGGGUUAUUUAUAGCCAGAGUUCUCACCUGCGGCCAAGUGUGGGUCUCUGCACCUGUCUGCCUCCUUUCCUCCUGAGGCUUUUUUUUUUUUUUUUUUUUUCCAUCAUACCUGGAAGGAGGCUCAGUGGCAAGGGCUAAUGAAAAUGUGGUCACAUCCUGGAGGACUCUGAUAUUUUUGCUCAUGACAGAUCCUUGCAUGACUUCCUCAGCAUCUGCACUCAGCACUCCAGGGUGGGCUCUGCCUCUUGCCUGCCAUGAGUUGCCCUCCAGACACUGCAUGUCCUGGGUUUUAGCUGUGAAGCCCACCGCAGAGCUGUGUUUAUUUCCUUCUGUCCCUUCUAGGAGUUCCACAAAAGGGCGAUAUGUCACAUGAUUCUACAGGUUGUAAAAUGUUCAAGUCCAUAGAAACGAGCCCGAUAGUAUUUAUUUUAACCAUUUGCUCUUUAAAAGGUCAGAGAGGCAGUGAUGAAACGGUUCUCUGUUGCUGCUGGUCCUUCUUCAUCCUCUUCCUUUCUCAAAAGAAAUGAUGCGGGGCAGCUUCACUGGGGGAGAGGAGUCUCUCCCCUUGAGCAAGGACCCCACUGCCAGCCAAGCUUGGAUGCAGGAGGCUUUUCAGUGGGUGACGACAUCUGAUUCAGAAACAAGGCAGCUUUGCUUACAGGAGCCCAGAUGGGGUGUGGAGCAAUGACAUUUAGAAUGAUCUUGUUUUUGGUUGAAAACAGAGCAUCUUCCCUGGGAAAGAACAGAAUAUGGAGAUCAGAGCGACUCCCCUCUGUUUCCUGUCCUCUCCUGUGUGUGCUGUGUGCUGGCCUCUGGGGUAGGGAAAGGGGGCCAACCUCGUCUCAUCUCCAAGGGGAACUUAGUCUCAAAGAGGACCCUAAAGACUAUCAGAUACAAGGAAUUUCUACCUAACGAAAAUAUGGUGAACUAAUAGGAAGCCCCUACUUAUUGUUUUUCUGCAGAUAAAGUGGGGAAAUCGAAUGUGAUAAUGAAUAUAAAAAUUAUUCUAACCUUUUAAAAUGAUGCCUUACCAAGAGGUAGGAGGUAGGAUUCAGAGUUUGGCAGGGUUAUAAAGACUAAUUUCUUUCUCUCUUCCCCCAAACCCAUUCCCAAAGUGAACUGUAAGGUUAAAACUAGAACAAGAAGAUUUACCUAAAUUUGCAAAUAUGUAGAGAAUACUAAAUCAUUUGUACCGUUUAGGCAUUCAGACAAUUUGCCUAAGUCAUUGUAGGUUACUAGGUGCCACUUCCGAGAAUUCCCUGGGGAUGGGGAGGAGAUUGUUUGGAUAAUGCCUGUCCUAACUGAACGGGAAGGGUUUGUAGCAUUCCUACUAUAAAGAUUCAUGUACGGCCUUCUCUGCAGAACACCAUGAUGUGGACAAGGCAAAGACGGGGAAGUGGAAGCCGCUGUCCUGUGUCAUAGGAGAGACAGACACCACAUAGCUACAAUGCCAGGCUGCACACAAGUUUGUUUGACAAGCGUUAGGAACGAAAUUGUGUGGCAGAGGUCACCGCAGCAGGGGGCUCUUCCUGCCACCCCCAUACUGCACGCAGCCUCUUCCGUUCCCUCCCCUGCCCACUGGGGUUUCUCCUCAGCACUCGUUCUGCUGUAUAUCGAUUUGCUUAUUUGCUCGUUCUCUGUCUCUUCACGCUAGACUAUAAGCUCCUUGAGGGCAGGGACGUAGCUUUGCUCACUGCUGUAGCCCCAGCUUAUUUGCUGUGGUGGUCGAAUCCACUGCACCCCUCUCUGGGCUGUUUCCCUUGCACAUAUAAAUAGACUCAAAUUGCUUCCACCUAACCAGAAGCCAUUCCUUGCCCCACAGUCCUUUCCAGUUUCUAUCUCCCCUCCCUCCCUUCCUUCCAAACCACCUUCUGGAAAGGCUCUUCCACACUCACUGUCCUGACUCUUGCCACAAUUCACCCCUCAACAUCCUGCCAUUUGUCUUGCAGCCUGACCAUCGUAGAGAGAUUGGUCCAGAUAGGAAGGUGAAGUAACUUCCAUAGUGCCAAAUCUGAUGGGCUGUUUUCUACCUAUGCCUUUUGUGGCAUUUAAUACCCACAGUCUUCCUGAAAUUAUCUCUUUUCUUGGAUUCUAGUUUGCUACAUUUGUCUCCAGCUCUCUUUUUGAAUCCUAUCUUCCUGAUUGGAUUCUUCUCACUUCUUUCCUCCCUCUUCUACUGUUCCUCCCUUAAAUGGACACAUUUUCCACAGUUCAGUGGCUGGGCCUCCACUCUCCUCUUUCGGAGAACUCUCCCUGGAUCCUGAUCCAUAAUCAUCUGCUUAUUAAUGAAACUCAAAUAGACAUUUGCUGACCAGAACCCUUUGCUGGGCUCCAGUCCUGUGUGUCCAACCAUCUAAUGGACUUUUUGACCCGAUGUCCUUCAGGUGCUUGUAAUCCAUUCAUUUCCCUACCAAUUUCUUUUUUAUUUUAUUUUCUUUCUUUCUUUUUUUUUUUUUUUUGAGACAGAGUCUUGCUCUGUUGCCCCAGCUGGAGUGCGGUGGCAUGAUCUCGGUUCACUGCAACCUCCACCUCCCAGGUUCAAGCAAUUCUCCUGCCUCAGCCUUCCAAGUAGCUGGGAUUACAGGUGUGAGCCACUGCGCCGGGCCUGCCCCUGUUAUUUUUUCAGUGAAGGACACCGCUGGUCACCCUGUCCCCCUUGCUAUGCUGUUCCCUUUGCACAGAUUGCUCUACCUUUUUUUAAUCUAGCAAACUCCAUUUAUCCAUCUAUGUCCAGCUCAAGCAUUAGAGACUCAGGAGAACCUCUGGAAGCUGAGUUCCUGGAUAACCAUGCCAUACCUUUUCUUUCCCAGACUUUCCACAUCUUUCCCUUCCUCACUCUUGGCAAAUGAUGGCUGGCUCCCCUUUACACAAGGGGAAUAGAAGCAACUGGAAGAACUCUUCCAGACAUCCCCGCUGUCCCCUCUGCUGACCUAGCUACAUCUCCUUCAUAUCAGCCUCUCCCCUGUGUGCUCAGGGGGAACUCACUAUGCCCCUCCCUGGCUAAGGUGACACCCUGGCUAAGAUGCUCCAGCCCCUUCCCCUGUUGCCUGCCCAAUGGCAUUUCUCCAGCAAUUCUCCCUCUCUGUCCUGCACCAUCAAUUUCAGUCCAGGAUAAGGGAGGACAGAAUUUUCAGGAAGCAGGAUGGAGGAGGGUUGGUGAACAGCACCACUGGCCUUGAUUAGCCUGCUCCCUGCCACACAUACUGGUUGUUUCUCUGGAGACAGCAUUGUAUGCACUGAGAUGAGCAACUGGAGAGCCACCAGCAGCCAUCCCCUCCCUUUGUGCCUCACAGCCCCAGUGACUGAUGGAGAUGGAGAUGGGAUCAUUGGCUGCCUUCAUGGAGUUGUUUAAGGAGCACUUAGAAGAUGCUUUAUGGGCGUCCCUACAAUUUCACCAUUAGAAGAGUAGUUCUGUUGGGUUGAAAUUUGUCUUUUUACUCAACCUCUUCUUAAAUUAGAAAUCACCCCUGGAAAGGAAAACACAUCAAGUCAUACAUACUUUUUCCUGUGUUUUUCUCAUGGAGAGGAGCAGCAUAAGACAAGACACCCAGCUGUUCGGGCUGCUGAAUGAGAUGGUGAGGAGUGGGUGGUAGAAGUGAAGAAAGGAGGAGGUGGGAGCAAUCAAGUAUUUGCUUGCUUGCUUCCACAAACAGGAAGCUUCUUUUCUGUUUAACCUAACAUUUGACUGUUUAACUUUGCAAGGUUAUGUGGGAAACAAAAAUCCUUGAUAUGAAAACAUUAGCAAAUGUAUCACUUAUAAAAUGGGUACCAUCAGGCCUCCCUCUGCUUAGCACCACAGACUCUCUCGCUGCCUCAUCUAGAGUUUUGUGGAUCAGUUUUGUGAUGCCUGAGAGUCAGUGUGCAAACUGUCCUUGAACUUUAAUUGAUGAUCUUGACAAACAUUCAGGAUUCCAUGAAGUUGGUAAGAGAGGUGUCACAGAACUGCUAAAAUACACUUCAACUAUUGGUAAAAGAGCAUGGAGCAGAGUUAGACCAGUUAGCGGCUGAAUCAGAGGAAAAUAAACAAGGAUGAUGAUGAGAUGGGAGCUUCCAAAAAGAAGCGUUUUAAUAUCAAAUGUUGAAGAGAGGCUCUUGGAAAAACUGCUGAAGUCUUUAGAUAUUUUUGCAAAAAUUACCCACUUUUUGAUAUUCAGCAAAAGUAACCAUUAAGUAAAGACAGAAAAAUUGGCUGGGUACAGUGGCUCAUGCCCGUAAUCCCGGCACUUUGGGAGGCUGAGGUGAGCAGAUCACCUGAGGUCAGGAGUUUGAGACCAGCCUGGCCAACAUGGUGAAACCCCAUCUCUACUGAAAACACAAAAAUUAGCUGGGUGUGGUGGCGGGCACCCGUAAUCUCAGCUACUUGCGAGGCUGAGGCAGGAGAAUUGCUUGAACCUGGGAGGCGGAGGUUGCAGUAAGCUGAGAUCGCACCACUGCUCUCCAGCCUGGGUGACAGAGUGAGACUCCAUCUCAAAAAAAAAAGAAAAAUUAUGCCAAAAAAGUAUUUUUGUGGCUUAAAAGAACAAUAUAUUGUCAUUUCUCAAGGCUCCAUGGGUUGAUUGAACUCAGUUUCUCAUUUGGCAUCUCUUGUAGUUGUAGUGAGUUGUUGGCUGAGGCAGAAACCACCUGAAGGCUUGACCAGGCAGGGCGAUCGAGGUGGUGCACUCACAAGGCUGGUCAUUCCCAGGGCUCAGCUGGAAAGGUGGACCAGAGUUCCUGCACGAGGCCCUUUGAUGCGGUUUGGGCUUCUUACAACAUGGCGAUUGAGUUCUGGAAGGAAUUCUCCUGAGACUUAGCUUUUCUUAAAGGCCAAAAAUCAGCUGUUGGGGUCUCAUUUGCUUAAAAUUAUUGGCAUGUUGUUGAAAUUAUAAUGAAUUUUAGUAAAGCAAAAUUAAAACAAUUUUCAUGAUUUUAAUUUCACUUUUUUCAUGAUUUUCUAUGAAAUUUUGGUCCUCAUUUUAACAAGAUUCCUUUUUAACAAUCUUUUACUAAAAUCAGUCAUUCAUGAAUAAGGAGAUCCUCUUACACUAAUUAUUUAAAUGUGUACAUAUACAUGUUAAUACAAAGGGUUGAAUUGUUAAAGCAAAUUCAGAGUGACUUACAGAUCUUACCCAACAUGAAACUAAUGAUUCAAAUGAUAAGAGGCAAGUGCCAGGCACAAAUGAAACACUCUUUUCUGGAGGAGACCAACAGUUUUAAUUGUUUCUGGGGGUUUUUGGGUCACAUUUCUCAUUUUGUCUCUAGAUUGUUUUCCAAAUGUCAUUUAGUUUUCUAUCUGUACUUUUUGUGAUUCCCUGAACUUCUUUAGGAGGAUUAUUCUGAAUUCUCUGUCAGACAUUUCGGAGAUCUUCAAUUCUUCCAGGUCCAUUGCUACAGCUUUGUUAUCUCUUUUGAUGGUGUCGUUUUCUCCUGAGUUUUCACAGUCCUUGCACUUCACGUCGACCCCCGUGCAAUUGAGAAGAUAGUCACCUCUGACGGUUUUUCAAGUGUUCUUUGGUGGUGUCAGAGCUUUGCUACUUAGUACUGGAACUUAAACUCUGGUCUGUUGUUUCUUCCUGUUCUGAGUGAGACUUGCAGUGAGCACUGGAACUUAAACAUUGCCCUGGAACUAUAUUGCUGCUCUGUCAACAUUUCCCAGUCUGGGAAGAUGUAAGUGGGUAUCAGAACUUAAUCUUAAGCUUUUCGUUGUUUCCAGGCCAGGGGAGGGCUCUUGAGUAAACCUGGGCUCUGUGGAAAAUGCAGCCAGGGAUUUGGACCUCCCUGUGAAUUGUGCCAGCCAGUCCCUUCACCAUGGUGUCCCCACUGAUCACAGCUCAGAGUGCACCAGUGCACCGGUUGCUGCAAUCAGUUCUUGGCUUUUUUUCCCCAGUUCACCCCAGAUCGUUCAGCCAUCCUGGCAUUUCCAGUGGUUCCUGUGGGAUGGGGCCAGAGUGGGUGACCCAUGAAGAUUGCCAGAUCAGUAGAGAAACAAAAUGUUCACCUCUAAUUCUCUCCUGUCACCUUGGAAACCAUGGAUCUAGGGACAUUCUCUGAGUGGCAUUAUGCCAGCUGGGAGUGGUGGCACAGUCCAAAUUGAUUGUUUCUCUUGCCAGUUCUGGCUUCUUUCAAUUCUGUAGACCCAGGGGGUUUCUCAGCUUCUCCCCAAAGUUCUGGUGAAUUCAGGGUGGUGUUCUUGUCUUUGAAUAGUUGGAAUAUAUUUCUGUGGGGGGAAUGGUUCCAGAGAAUCUUCUAUUCUUCCAUCUUGUUGAGCUCCCCCAAAAUGUCCCCUUCUACAUUGGCACACACUUUAGUUUCACAUUGACUGAUGAGUUUUGAGCAACGUAUACAAAGAAACAUUGUUCUCAAAGGAUACUGGUGAAGUUUGGGGGUGCCUCCAUUUUGCACGUUGUUCAUUACACAGGUAGAAUAUACUUACGUGACUACCCGUACCCCUUCUCCAGCCUCCCUGCCCCAUAAAUCUAUAAAUCCCAAAUUUAUUUAUAAUAAACAAUCUUGACAGAUUAGGUAUAUCCUGCUGGAAAUAGGACUAGUUCACUGAGCAUAACGUUUCUACAGAGCAGUCUGAUUGAGGUCUUCAGCGUCUUUGCAAGGUGCCCUGGUUGAGGUUAUUGUUCCUGCAGGCAUUCCUUUGGGGAAGGAAUGAUUUGCAGGCUUGAUGCUAACAUUCUCUGUAUGGUACCUUUUGGCCAACACCAGCCUGUCAACGCCUGAGGCAGAGGCCUCAGGACUGAGAAAACAGGACUAGAAGCCUGACUGUCUACUUAGUAGCUUGGCAAGUGUCAACAAGUUAAUCUCUAUGACUGGUGACUUAGUUGGAGUUCCACCCAAAGCAGAUCCUGAGACAAGGAUUUAGUGCAAGUAAUUCAUGUGGCUGUCAUCCAGAGGAGCAUGGGAGAGAGUGGGGAAUUUAGACAGGGAAAGGAGGAAGUUAGCAAAGGGUGAGUGAAGGAGAACAAGGGCCCAGGACAGUGAGGCCCCACCUCAGAACUGCCCUCCUGGAAGGGCGAAGGAGCCGUGGCGCUGACCCCCACCUCAUGCCCCUCAUUAGGGAGCAUCACUCCCCGACGUCAACUCCCAGCUCUUCCUGGCCUGCCCUGUGCUCAGGCCGAGCAUGGCCCAAAGCAGGGAAUAUGUCUAGGCAGAGCAACACAGGGAGCCAUGGGCAGGUACAGGAUCUACCUGCAAGUGACCACAGGAUUGGCUUCAGGGCUGACCAAUGGCAUCUGCUAUCAUGGAAUUAAAGUAACCUACCCCACAAAGUAGCUGUGCCAAGUAAGUGAAAUAAUGCACAAGGGAAUUCUGUGUAAACUUUCAAGCAUCAAGCAAAUGUUAGUUAUUUCUUGAGGACAUCAUGCAAAGUGAAAUAAGCCAGGCCUGGAAGGACAAAGACUGUAUGAUUCCACUCAUAUGAGGGGCUUAGAGUUGUAGACUCAUAGAGACAGAAGGUAGAAUGGUGGUGGCCAGGGGCUGGAGGGAGGAGGGGGUGGGGAGUUGGUGUUUAGUAGGAAUUGAAUUUCAGUUUGUGGAGAUGAAAAUGUUCUGGGGAUCUAUUGCACAACAAUGGGCAUGUAGCUAACCCCACUGUACUGUAUUCUUAAAAAUAUUUCAGAUGGUAAAUUUUAUGUAUAUUUUACCACAAUAAAAAAAGUUAGUUAUUGUA